GAGGCGUCAACGAGGGUUAACAGUCAAAGUUUUGCGUGUUGUCGGACGGUGAACAGUGUCGCUUCGGAUCCUGGCUUCAUCGUCUCGUCACUGCUGAAAACGAACCAAACCGGACGUCAACUCAAUCUUACGUAACAGAGUUCGCUCUUCUUCCACUCAACACUACACGGACAUCAUGAGACGCAAUGAAGGCGCGUGGCUGGCGCCACUCCUGCUGCUAGGCACGCUGGGAGGCGCCUCUGUCCCCACUGGGCUGGACAUUAAGCUGCUGAAGGAGGUGACGUCGGGUACGGUGGCCAACCACGUGAUCUCACCGUUCCUGAUGUCGCUGCUGAUGUCGCAGGUCUGGCUGGGCGCCAGAGGUGCCACUAGAGCCGAGAUGACGCCUGUGCUGGGAAUGUCCGGCCCAAAAGACACAUCGUUCCUCCACGGCUACCGCUCGGCCUUGGCGGUCCUGUCUGGAGCCAGCAAUGGCGUCACGACGUCAGUGUACAACAGGAUCUAUCGCAAGCACAGCUUCAGUGUGCGCCGCACCUUCAGCGACCUUUUAGCGCGCUACUACGGAGCCGGAGUGGAGGUGCUACCAAGAGACGCCGGGAAGGCCGCUGAGGUCAUCAACAACCAGGCGUCGGUGGCAACGCGCGGACACAUCAAGGACCUGGUGACAGGUGGCGACCUCAGCAACGCUGUACUGGUGCUCUUCAGCGCCGUGUAUUUCAAGGGCACCUGGCUUUAUCGCUUUGAGAAGGGCGGACAGAAAACGUUUUUGACACCGCGCGGCGAUCGGCCGACAAACAUGAUGAAGAUGAAGGCGGGGCUUGGUUACACCAGCCGACCACACUUCGAUGUCGUGUCGUUGCCGUACCAAAACAAAGAUUACAGUUUGCUAGUGCUGCGCCCGCACAGUCGCUCGCUGGCUGCCGUUGCCAGGCUGCAGAAGUCUCUGGACGGCUUGGACGUGUCCCGGUUAUACAGCCAAAUGAGUCAGCGGUUAGUCCGUGUACUGAUGCCGCCCUUCAAGAUCGAGGGCCGCUAUGAGCUGCCCACCCACAUGCAAAACCUAGGCAUCCGGAGAAUUUUCCAAAGGCAGGCGGAUUUCGGCGGCAUUACGUCGCGAAACAUCUUUGUCAGCAACAUCAUCCACAAGGCGGUAAUGGAGGUGAACGAGAAUGGUACAACGGCUGCGGCGGCGGGAGUGGUCGUUGUCAGAUAUUCGCGUCCCAUUAUCGUGAACUUCAUUGCAGACAGACCAUUUUUCGUAUUCCUCUUCCACAAGCGUGAAAAAAUCACCUUGUUUGCUGGAUUGGUGGCUUAUACUUGAGGGGCUAUCAUGCUCGUUGGGUUCGCUCUUGUACCGUAUCUAUCCGUUAUUUUGUUUUAUUUUUAACCUCCAGCAGUCUCUGGUUCUUGUUUCCGUUCGAAUCGCAUAUUUCCAUAGGUGCGGGUUUUGAUGCUGGUGUUAGUGGACGCACGGAAAACGCAUUGACGUAAGCUGAGCUGCUAAUAAAUGAAGUCUAUUGA